CAGACGAUUGGCCCGCUCUUUACUUUUGCCAUGGAGUCCGUCGUUCCUUGAGUGCAUAUUCAACAUCGCCGACACGGUCCUCGCGGCUCAAAUUCGAGUCUCAACAGCAGCCCUUUUCGUGGGUAUCAGCCCGUUCUCCAGGCUACACUGCCGUGUAGGUAAACCGCCACAAUGUCGAACUCGACCGCAGCAGUAGAAGACAAGGUGUGGGAGACACGCACCCAUGUGCCCAUUACGGUCGUGACGGUGGUGCUGGGCUUCGCUACGUUGGCCGUUGGCCUCCGAACAUAUGCCCGUGUCGUGCUGAUUCGCCAAUUCGGCAUGGACGACUAUGCCGCCAUCAUUGCUCUUUUGUUUGCCAUGGGCAGUGGUAUUAUGGUGGCUUCAAACACCAUCUAUGGUGCUGGUCACCAUAUGGGCGAUCCUAGGAUCGAUUGGACCGAGUUACCAAAGUAUCUCAGGACAUUCUACAUCUCCAUCGUCCUUUACAACGCCUCCUUGACGGCAAUCAAGCUCACCUUCCUACUCCAGUACUACCGAGUUUUAGGAACACGACAGAUGCGCAAGGUUGUCGUCUAUGCACUGGUCUUCGUUGCUAUGUGGUCCAUCUCGCAGCUGCUUAUCGUCAUCUUCUCCUGCACCCCGAUCGAGAAGUUUUGGCUAGGAGACUCGAUACCGAACGGACAUUGCAUGCCCAACUUGCCCUUCUGGUACAUCAAUGCGGCUGGCAACAUUGUUACCGACGUCCUGAUCUUUAUCAUCCCCCUACCGGCGCUGGGAAGUCUCAACCUUCGGAAGCAGCAGAAAAUAGCGCUUAUCGGCGUCUUCUGUCUUGGUUUCUUUACCUGCGCCAUCUCCAUUAUCCGCAUCCAAUAUCUCAAGCUCACCGAUGACACCACAUGGGAUAACGUCGACUCGUCCUGCUGGUCCGUCUCCGAACUCGGCUCCGGCAUUGUCUGCUCCUGCCUGCCCACGCUCCGUCCUUUGCUCUCGCACGUCAUGCCCGGAAUGGGCUCUCGCAGCGCCCCUAGCCACGCCAAGUACGUCCACCACUCAUCCGGCCGCGACGUCACCGAGGGCAGCACGAGCGGUCUCGGCAGCAAGCACAAAUCCGGCAAGUUCGGUGGCCGCAGCGUCGUAUACCCGGAGGACGUCGAACUCCAAACCAAAUCCGGCAGCCAGGACCAACUGGAGAAGCACGCGGCCGUGAUCGCCCACACUGCGGUUCCGGUACAACACGGAGGACACCACCACGCAAGGACGGCAAGCAAUGAUCAACUCAACCGGUCGCCGUCGCAGAACCGCGGCCCCGGUGGAGCACGUGCAGAGGAAGGCGGUUACGUAUCGCCUAACCAGCUUGGUCUGCAACCGACGGUGCGGACAGAAGUCAGGGUUGGGUCGCAGCACCAGCAGUCGAGGUGGACGCGGCCAGUGGAAGGGACAAUUUCUGUGAAGCAUGAUUUAGUGGUUACUCGGGAUUAUGACUAACCGACUAGCCCUUUCCCUGUCGUCAAACUAUUUCUUUUCCUUUGUCAUCAAACCAUUUUGGGUUAUCUCUUCCCUGUUGGCAAGCGACUUAUACCUAGCGAGCCUGUUUUUUCUAAUUUGCGAUGAUACCUUGUUUUCUUACUUACUUACACUACUUUAUGGCGGGCGGUCGGUGUCGGCGUACAUGUACAGGUAUGAAUGGAGAU